UACCACCAGUUGACACCCCAACUGAUGAUGGCUGCGGGGACGGCUGUGAUUGGCUCCCUGCAGUUUGGCUACAACACCGGCGUCAUCAACGCCCCUCAGACGAUCAUUGAACACUUCUACAACGAGACGUGGCACAGCAGGUUUUCAGAGGAAAUCUCCCAGCCCACACUAACGGCCCUGUGGUCGCUCUCCGUGGCCAUCUUCUCCGUUGGAGGGAUGGUUGGCUCUUUCUCUGUCGGGCUCUUCGUCAACCGCUUUGGCAGGAAGAACUCCAUGCUCAUGGCCAACGUGCUCGCCUUCGUUGCUGCUGCAUUUAUGGGGUUCUCCAAACUGGCUGGAUCCUUUGAGAUGCUCAUCAUUGGACGUUUCAUCAUCGGCCUGUACUCAGGCCUGUCCACUGGCUUUGUGCCCCUGUACGUGGAGGAAAUCUCCCCCACAUCAGUCCGUGGAGCAUUGGGCACUCUGCACCAGCUUGGCGUAGUGGUUGGCAUUCUCCUGGCACAGAUCUUUGGGAUUGAGGACAUCAUGGGAAACGCCACUCUGUGGCCUCUCCUUCUGAGUUUCACCGUGCUGCCCGCCAUACUGCAGUGCAUCCUGCUGCCCCUCUGCCCGGAGAGCCCCCGGUACCUCCUCAUCAACUGCAAUGAGGAGAGCAAAGCCCGCGGCAUCCUGGUGAAGCUGCGGGGCACUGAUGAGGUGAGCGAGGACAUGCACGAGAUGAAGGAGGAGAGCCAGCAGAUGAUGAGGGAGCCAAACGUGACCAUCCUCGAGCUGUUCCGUUCCCCAGCGUACCGCCAGCCCAUCUUUGUGGCCAUCAUGCUGCAGCUCUCACAGCAGCUGUCUGGUAUCAACGCGGUGUUUUACUACUCUACUGGGAUCUUCCAUCGGGCAGGUGUGUCCCAGCCGGUCUAUGCAACCAUCGGUACUGGUGUGGUCAACGUGGCCUUCACGGUGGUUUCUUUAUUUGUGGUGGAGCGGAUGGGCAGGAGGCCUCUUCACCUUGUCGGCUUGAUGGGAAUGGCGGUCUCUGCAGUUUUUCUGACUAUUGCUAUGGCGCUGUUGGACCAUUUCAGCUGGAUGUCCUACAUCAGCAUUUUGGCCAUCUUCAGCUUUGUAGCCUUCUUUGAAAUCGGCCCGGGGCCCAUCCCUUGGUUCAUCGUGGCCGAGCUCUUCAGCCAGGGUCCCCGACCUGCUGCCAUUGCAGUCGCUGGUUUCUGCAACUGGUCUGCCAACUUUUUAGUGGGGAUGUGCUUCCAGUAUGUGGAGCAACUGUGCGGUCCGUACGUCUUCAUCAUCUUCACCGUCCUGCUGCUCGGCUUCUUCGUCUUCACAUAUUUCAAGGUGCCCGAGACAAAAGGCCGAACCUUUGACGGGAUCGCCGCAGGUUUCCGCCAGUCAUCGGGUGCUGACAAAUACUCCGCUCCUGAAGAGUUCAACACCCUGCGGGGGGAGGACCCUGACCUCUGAAACCUGCCGUACACUCACUCUUUGUGCAGGAAAGCUACGUUUUCACACACGGGGUAAACUUUUAGGGCACUACUGUCAUGUUUCCCCCGUCUGUGAGCCAAUGUUAGAGUGUUACAUAAGAGCUGUAGUCUUCCUGCUGACUGUGGAAUGAUGGAUGACAUGACUGAGCAUUUCUCUGUUAGUAAACAGGAGACUGUAGUCUAGGAAGUUUGUUUUCGACAUCUGCCACAGCAGCAAAAACAACACCCAUGGGUUUUUUAAAAUGACACGUGCAAAACUGAGCAGUAGAAGUGGAAUGAAAUGUUUUUAAUAGCUAUUUAUCCUCAGGAAAAGUGAGUGUCCUGUUUGUGUAAUCAUAGA